AUGGACGCUGAACUGUGGGAAAACAAUGUCGACAUCUGCGCAGUACAGGAAACGCGAAUGGCAUGGGAGGUGACUUCAACGAAGAACUUCGACUGGUUUUGCAGCCCCACCGUUUCAUCGACCAGCCAUAGGGGUACCGGCAUCAUGGUCAAUAAGCAUUCCAAUGCAUCUCUGAGAUAUUUCCGAAAAUACUCAGAAGAUGUAUGCACUGCCAGGGUGCAAAAAGGCAAAAUCGGCUUCAUCGUCAUUGUCGUCCAUGUAUCAUCCGAUGGGAGAAAAACAGACACGUUCGCUCAAAUUUCCAGCAUUAUAUCCAAGAUCCCUCCUGAGGACGAGUUCAUAAUAAUUGGAGACUUCAAUGGUCAUAUUGGAACUGACGACAUCAGAGAUGAACAACAAUCGUUGAUCGGCAAGCAGCUAUCGCAUAAAACAUGUAAUGAAAAUGGGCUUUUUAUGUUACAGCUUGUGACCCAGUUCGAUUUAUCAAUAAGGAACACAUUCGCGAGAUCAAAGUCGGUUUUACAAACAUGGUCGAACCACAAGACUUCUUCUCAAAUCGAUCACGUGCUACAACCAAAGCACUCUAAUAUAAGGAUUAAGGAAAAGCACAUCAAAGCAGAAUGGCCAAAGCUGUUCAACUCGGAUCACAAAAUAUUAACGAUAACCAUAAGAGCACCAUCGUACUACAAACCCAGUCGCCCAAUGCCAUCAACGACCCAACAAACCAAUUCGUGGAACGUGAAGUUGCUUUCUAGCGAGAAACACAAGAAGAACUACAAAGACUGCAUAAACCGCCGUCUGAAAGAAGGAGAUCCCAGUCCAAACUGGCAGAUACUGAGGACGGUAUUAGCCGACGCAGCCAAUGAAGCCAUUCCGCGAAACAGGAAAAUUCCGAGAAGUCCUAAGACAAAGAAGGCAUAUUCGACACUGAUGAAAAAGCGCUUUAAGCAGUGGAAAUUCCCGGAUAUAGAUCUGUACAGGAAAGAAAUGUUUGCUGCCCGAAGAGAUUUUGAGCAAGCGAAAAAGGAAAGUGUUUGGCGAUCAUGGAAGAUGUUUUUCACCGAUAUUCACCAAGUAGAGCCUCAUUUGAGAGUAAGGAAGACAUAUGAAUUCCUCAAGGAGCAUAAAAGAAUAGCAGCUCGCAAAGGUAGUGGUAAGAUUAUCAGCCAGCACAAAUGGUUAGAAAAUCUGCUUGAUUCGGUGGUGGAAAAUCAAACUUUGAAGUUGCUAGCAGAGGAUAGUGUUAUUCCACCUCCGACACUCUCGGAGAUAAAAGACAUCGUUUAUAAUUUAAGAAAUGGAACGUGCCCUGGGCUUGAUGGCAUCAACGCAGAGCUUCUGAAGAAUGCUCCGCAUGAAUUCUUCGUUGAACUCGAGGAACUAAUCAAGCAGAUAUGGACUGACAAUAAGGCCCCUGAGGAAAUAACUGAGACGAUACAGAUACCGAUUCCCAAGAAAACAGUACCCAAGGACACCACAGACUAUAGGAAAAUCACCUUAUGUAACAUCGUAUACAAAAUCAUAGCGACAUAUACCCUGAACAAGUUGGAUGAAUCAAUGUAA